CCCUGGCCCUCCUAGGCACACGCAUUUGUCCACCUCCCUCUUUCUGCCCUUCUCCCCCUCCGCCCUUCCCCCCUCCCCCUUCUGCCUAUCCACACGCGCAGUCGCCCGAUGACAACCCACGUCAUCGGCAUGGACCACACGGCCGGAAGCUCUCUUCACCACCAUUCUCACGCGGCCACCUCGAGCAUGAUGUCUGACGACCCCCGGUCGACGGGUUCCCAGUCGCAGGGCGUGGCACCUCCCCAGCAGCAAAGCGGCAGCGGAGGGCUGGUCCUCGGGGCUGGUCCCGGGGCGGCCCCCCCGCUGGUCCUCAACAGCGAGGCUCCGAACAAUCUCUUUGCCUAUCUGGAAACGCUGGAGCCUUCGGCCGUCGCCGCGGCCGCAGCCGCGCAAGGCACCGCCAACGAUGUUCACCGGUUCAUUGCCACCGCCACCACCGAUGACAUCGGCCGUCGCGAGGCGCAUCUGAUCGCGGGGAUCGCCUCGGUUGCCUGCAGCCGGGCGGCCUCCGCGGCCGAGGGGGUCGUGUCGCAGCUCCGGCGCUCGGCAGCCAGGAGCGCCUCCAACACCGGGUCGUCCAUUCCCGACGCCAGCCCCUUGAAGUUGAUCAGCGAUUCCCUGUCCGACCCGGCCUCGCCGGAGGCCGGACAAGCAGCCGACGAUCUGCCCUUCGGAGCGCUUUACUCCCAGCCAGCUCCCUGCCUGGCGAUCCUACAUGCACUUCCCUCUCUGGCGCAGGUGGUCCUCAUCCGGCUGAUGCUGCUGGAUGGCUCGUCUCGCGAUCAGGACCCCGGGGCCAUGUCGGGCUCGGGCAUGCCCUUGUACCAUGCGGGCGUGCAGGAGGCCGAUGUGCUGUCCUGGUUCCGCCUGGAGUCGCGCGAGGCUGUGCGCCAGGAGCUGGCACGUCUGGUCCGACUGUCGGUGAUCAUUGCAGAUCCACCGCUGCCACUGGCGUCCCAGCACCCGGAGCUCUUUCACCAGAUGCAGAAGCUGCAAAACCGCCUCCGGCGCAAGGCCCGGCUCAUUACCCAUCCGGCCACCACGGCCGCCCGGCUGAAUGCCGAAUUGGACUCUCACAUGCGCCCCCCCGUUGAGCCGGAGCUGCCGGACCGCCUGUACACGGUCCGUGCCAACUUCCGCCAGCAACUGAUCUCCACCUGGGGAGAUCUGUCCGGGGCUGCCCGCCCGAGCGGCCAUGAGGAAGCCGCUCGGUUUAUCAGUGCCCGUCCCGGGCCGUUGCUUCCCCUGCACGAUCCGCCGGUCGUGGAGCCCGGCAUGUCGGACCACGAGCGCGCGGCCAUCCAGGCGCAGGAGCGUCAGCGGGCCGAUAUCCAUCCCCUGUUCGCCAUGGUUACCCGGCGGACAUUGGCACAGCACGCGCGCUCCCGCUGGGCCGUGGCCCUUCGACACCUGGUCGAGGCGUCCGGCUAUAUGUCUGGCAUGCAAUGGACCGAGGGCGGGACCUCUGGCUCCGAUCCGAAGGCUGACGACCAGCUGACCCCGCCUCUCAUCAGCGAGCUCCUGGACAAGUGUCAACUGCUCCAGCGAGACUCGACCGGCUCCCUGCGCAUCACCCGGCGCGGAUUCAAGUUCCUUCUGCAGGAUCGCAACCGCCAGCUGUGGACGCUGCUGAUCAAGUACACUCAACUGGCCCCGCCAUGUGGUCACAUCUUCGAGGACGUCCUGACUCUCUUCGUCCAGCUGGCCUAUAUGACAGUCGGCCGGAUAUACUCCUGCGACCAACUGACCACCUCGCAGAAUAUCAUCCUGUCGGAUCUCCAUCAGCUGGGCCUGGUCUACUAUGUCGCCCAGGGCGAGGAUGAGGAUUAUUGCAACAACUACUUCUUCCCCACACCGCUGGCAUCGACAUUGCUUGGAUCCGGUCUGGGCGAGGAUGCCAGCGAGGCGACCGGCGACGCCGAGGGCUUCAUCAUCGUUGAAUCCAACUUCCGCCUCUACGCCUUCACCUCCUCCCCUCUCCAGGCCAGUUUGCUGUCCCACUUCGCCACACCCAAGCACUCGUUCGAUGGCCUGCUUGUAUACCAAAUCGAGUAUGCCUCGGCCAAGGCGGCCUUCGAGCAGGAUAUCACCGCGGUCGAUAUUACCGAGUACUUGUUGAAGAACUCCCAUCCCCAGUCUCGGAAGCAGGAGUACUGGAUCCCUGUUACAGUUGCAGAGCAGCUGGAGAUUUGGUACCAGGAGUACACGGCCGAUGGUGGCACCGGGAGACGCGAGAAGUUCCGUCCCCUGGAGCAUGUGGUCUAUGGGCCGGCCGGCGCGCCAACCUCCUCGCACUACUCGUAUUAGUGUGCAAAGGCCGGCGCCCAGGGCGGACUCGCCCGCUUGGUCUCGCCACAGGAUGCAUUCUGCCACCUUCGCCGUCCCUCCCAAUGGGCGCGAGGGAGGCAGGGGGGGGGG